CCCGGCUUGGCGCCCACGGCGCUCAUCGCCGGCUUCAGCAUGCACCGCUUCGGCGUGGGCGUCGACCCGAUGGAGGACACCGCGCGCAAGAUCGCCGCGGUCGCGCCCAUACGCAAGGGCGCCAGGGUGCUCGACAUCUGCACCGGGUUGGCGUACACGGCGUCGAUGGCUCGAGAGCGAGGCGGGGACGUGACAACCGUCGAGCUCGACCCCGCGAUGACGGAGAUGUGUCGCAUGAACCCGCACAGCGCGGCGCUCUUCUCGGGGGACAUUCGACAGCUAUACGGCAACGCGGCGGACGUCGUGCCGACGCUGCCGGACGAUUCGUUCGACCGCAUCGUUCACGACCCGCCGACGUUUGCGCUCGCCGGCGAACUCUUCUCCGAGGAGUUCUACGGGCACCUCGCGAGGAUACUCAAGAAGAAGGGUCGGCUGUACCACUACAUCGGCGACCCGGCGAGCAAGAGCGCGGGGAACGUGGCGCGCGGGGUGGUGACGCGGCUGAAGCAGGCGGGGUUCGGGGGCGUCGCGAUCGAUUACGACGCGCACGGAAUCGUGGCG